GAAAUGGUUCAACGCCAGUCGCUCAAAAGAUUUCAUGACCAUGGACGUCAGGGCGACAGGGCAGUAGUCAUUUAAUUCUGUUAUGAUGGGUUUCUUAGGUACUGGGAUGAUGGUGGAGUGUUUUUUAAUCAGAAGGGAACCUCACACAGCUCCAUAGACCUGGUGAAGAUAUGCAUGAAGAUGGGGGGUAAGUUGGUCAGCGCAGGUUUUCAGGGCGGUGACACCAUCAGGACCCAGAGCUUUCUUCCCAAUCAGAACCAGAAGACCCUAUCAACAUCUUCCUCUUUGAUCUUUAGUGCAGGCAGGGAGAGAGGAGGGGGUUGUAGAGUUAUUGGUGGGAGAUGCAGGUUGACCUUUCCUCUGAGAAUGAGGUGGGAAAAGCUGGUAAUCAAACCUACAAUGAAAACAGUUUAGAUCCUCAGCCAGGCUGGGUGUCGUCACAGCAUAGAGAUUAGUAUAGUUGGUAACAGACUGAAGGCUCUUCCACACUGAAGAAGUGUUGUUAGCCAUGAAGCUGCUUUUUUGAUCAUACCUGUUUCUGCUGUAAUGACACACGUGUUUGCUCUAAUAAGACCUGUGAAACCUAUCAAAAUUCUUCCAGGGAACGAGGUUAUGGGCUGAAUACCACUAACAGCCAUGAACAUCAUCAUAUUUCAUCUUCUUCUUUUUUUCUCCACAGCGAUACCAAGUUAGUAGCAGGUGAUAAUGCCCACCUUGAAAUUUGCUCCAUUUAUUUUCAGAUGUAUUUAAGAAUACAUUUAAUCUGGAGUUUAUUUCCUUUACUGUCAUUACUAUUUAUCACCACCAGUUAUGUCAUUUCCAUCUAUAUGACCUUAAAUUUCCUUUUGAAUUUCAAAAUAAAAUCACUGAAAUGUAUCGCAUGCUUAUCGAGCUCUGUGCUGUUGUACCUGACCUUCAAUCUAUAGAAACUGGUGCAGAGCCUUAUAGAUAGGACAGAUGCAGAAAGGAACAUGAGGAAUAGAACAGAAUAGUUUAUGACUAAGAAGAUAAUACUCAUUUGUUUGUCCCUUAAUAAAGCAUGUUUUGUUGAUGGUGAUAGUAAUAAAAACAGGAACUGUGAAUACAGAGGAGCACAGUGACUAAAAUGGAGGUUCUCUGAGUGAGAAGGUUCGUAAGAGCAGACUGACUUUGCAGAAACAGGAGGUGGUUUGCACAUGGAAGGGACUAAGGACAACAUCAUUAGAACUUUCUGUGGUCUGUAGGGAGCAGCUGAUUACAUAUUUCCCCAUCUGCGUGGAGGAAGUGGGAACAGGAACGCUCUCCACUGCAGCUGCCUGUUGAUGACAACCCAGGCUGGGAAACGGUUUUAUGUACGGAGGGUGUUUUGGCUUCAUAAGGUUUCCCACCUUCUGCACUGGUCAGGAGGCCCAGUUUAACCAGUUGUUUCUUGUCUGCAUCUGAAAGGAUGUUUAAACUUUAGGUGACCCACAAGGAGCUACAGAUCAACGUUCGCUUCAGUUGAUACAUGCCAGGCCAGGAGGAAGCACCGGAGAUCAAACUCUAAUAACACACUGUCACUAGGAUUUUGUUUUUAUUAUAAUAAUGAUGCCGGUAUCCUGUUUUAUUUUGAAGGGGUGUCUUCCGGUGCGGCAGCCAACCUGCAAUCACCUUGACUAAGCUCUGAGGCCAGUCGGCAUGACAACGCGCUCUCCAGGGCAAACCGGGAACAGCUGAUGGAGGAGGAGGAUGGCCGCUCAAGAUGCCCAGUAACGGAACCAGCACUGAAAACGGGACCAGAACCGUCACCGGUUCGGUCCAGGUUCCGGCCAUGGAGAGAGCCCGGCCCAUCACGGUAAAGGUGUCUGCUGUGAGCCUGGCCCUCAGCUCCCUGUCCUUGCUGCUGCUGGUCACAGCCAUCUCCACGGACCACUGGUACCAGACCGACACGCGCAGGCACAAGAAGAACUGCGACGGUUCCGACUCCAACGACCAGAAGAACCGGGAGAUGCCCAUCUACCACCUGCCUCUAGUGGACACUGGCGGCGCCGCGACCCGGCAGAGGGACGUGGCGCUCAUGAAACCAGUACAUGUUGGGAGCAGGGAGGAAGAACUGCUGGAAAACUGGAGGGCCAUCCUGGGAAUGGGAAUCCUGGAGACGGAGUGCGGAAGGCCGCUGUUUUCAACCCACUCCGGCCUGUGGAGGAAGUGCUACUUCAAGGGACUGGACCCGGACAUCGACAAGCUUAUCGACCGGGGUAUUGCAGAUCGCUGUACAGCUGUGAAGUAUCAUUUUUCUCAGCCAAUCAGAUUAAGGAACAUCCCACUGAACCUGACCAGAACCAUCCAACAGGACGAGUGGCACCUGCUACAUCUGCGGCGCAUCACAGCGGGCUUCUUGGGCAUGGCGGCGGCUGUUCUGCUGUGUGGCAGCAUCGUGGUGUCGGUGGGAUUUUUCUGGGAGGAGAGCCUGACGCAGCACGUCUCUGGCCUGCUCUUCCUCAUGGCAGGGAUCUUCUGUACCAUCUCUUUGUGCACGUAUGCAGCCAGCGUCACCUAUGACCUUUCCAGGAACCCGCCUUUCAUCUACGGCCUUCCAGCUGACGUGGAUCACGGGUACGGAUGGUCCAUCUGCUGCGCCUGGGCCAGUCUGGGUCUGACUGUGGCCUCCGGCUGCCUUGGAACCUCCUUUCCUUUCCUAAGUCGGGCCGGAGCGCUCAGAUCCAAAACGGCCCGUGAAUCCUCAGUCUGAGUCGCCAGCUGUCAGUCAGGAGAAGCUGGACAGAGUUUAGAGCUGCAGACUGAUGUGGGACAUUGGACCUCAAGUGGACAGGCUCAUCUGUUUGUAGAGCCAUUGUGCAGCUGAGCGCCCCCUGGUGGAUGUCAACUCAGGAAGAGUUCAUCAUGUGUGAUUGGCUCUGUAGGUCCAGUUUUGUUCAGGCUCUGACCACCUGCAAAGAUUUUCAGGUGUUUUGCUAUGACAUCACAGCUGGGUGUGGUCAUAGGUGACAAAAAUUCUCUUUGGAAUUUUUAUUUUGGACAGUGAGGAACUUUGUUUCAUCAACAUCUGGAGAUUUGGACUCGGUAACAUCACAAAACUCGUUAAACAGUCAGAAGUCAUUAACAUCCAACAGCUCGUUAUGCCUCUCUUUAACCAAGCAGUUAACGUCAAACCAGAAAAAUCCAAAAGUGACAGAAUUUUUGUGUUUUUUGGUAAAGUCCAAACUUUCAGGUGCAAUCUGACAUCAUUUGUUUCAGGAUUGGAUGUAUUUUUCCUUCUUAUUUCUCAGCUUGAUGAGCAUCCAGGAUCCAGAUGUUUUUCCAGCAGGUGGGAUCAGGUGAUUGCAGUUUUCUAUCUGAUAGGUUGAAACUAACAUCAACAUUUGCCAGUGAGGAUGUUCAGAAUCUUCAGUCCAGAACUUUGUAGAACUCUGUAGGACAGACAUUUUCUGAUCCAGGAGUGAUCUGUCUCAGGUCACUCUGUGUUCCUCAUGAAGUUGUGCUUCCAAGGAGCCGCUGAUCCUGCUUGUUCCACAAGAACCGGAUCUACAGAACGGGCCUGAGACUGAGGGUGGACUGCAGUAAAACACACAAAGACAUACAGACACACACACACACACACACACAGUGAUUCAUGUUACCGAACAGUAAGAUUCAGCUGGCUCUCAUAAACAGAACCUGAAGAACCAGAAGGUGUCGCUCCAUCAGAAACAUAGAAAUAUGCCACAUAGAUUCACAGAAAUAAAAAAACAACCCAAACACACACUGAAAGAUCAAAAGUCCAACUGUCUGCUACAGAACUCUGCUGCUCAGGUCCGGUUCCAUCAGAUCUGAAAGUGUGAGCAAACUGGAUGGGCACAUGACCUGGCCCGAAUUAACACGCUGAAAUGUUCUGUUUGGAUAAUUCCAAAAGCCUCAGGUCAGGAAUGCUAAUCAGUGUACUGAUGAAGAAGAGCUGUCAGACCUGUUGGUUCUGUGAACUUUGUACAAGACCCCUCUGCCGGUUUGGAUCCCAGCUCAGACAUACCUGUGUAAAUACUGUAAAUGUUCUGAUACUAUCCGUGAAUAUACUGCGCUCCAUGUUCUGAUUGUUCUGAUCAUUCAGCUGCGAGCUGAGCCACAAACUGGACUGAACCAAGUGGACAGAUGAGUUUUUCCAGGUCAGAGGGCUUUUGGGUCAGACAUGACAGAAAUUACUCUGUGGAUAACUCUGGUUGCUACACAGAAUGUGUUCUGUUCAAGUGUCACUGAAUGGAACCAGGUGCAUCCCACCGAUCUUUGUGGUUCUGUCUGAUCUAUAGAAGAACCUGUUAUGGCUGUUUCAGAACCAUCUCCUGUUCGUUCUCCUGGUCCUGCUCGAGGUGUUCUGACUCCUUCAAGCCAGUUGGAACAAACUGGAUUGUCUCUCAACGUCUGGAUCCAAGAUCUUUCUCAAGAAUUCAUUAUACUUGCUCAGUUCUGUUCCCUGUGGAGCCAGGAUCGGGAACACCUGGGUCAGAAACCAGAUAUUUCUUAUCCAUCUCAGCUGUCAGGGCUUCUGACAUCCCCAGGACUUCCUGUCCCCUUUAAAAUCUGAUUUUUGAAGAACCACCUCAUACUAAUGCCCCUUUCCCACUGGCUCAAUUUGUCCCGGCUCCACUCCACUUGGCUCGCUUUGUGAGUGUUUCCAGUACUGUUUUUUCCGUACCUGAACCUAGAUUUUGGGUCCCUGCUCCUGAGCAGGUCGGACCGGGGCGGAGUAGGGACUACAUGUGACAUGAACAGACUGCUGUCUACUGAUUGGCUGUGGAACCAGGAGGAACGAGAAGGUUUUCCAAGAGGCAGAGCAGGGAGAAGUAAAUAAAACUCAAGAGGAACUACAAUAAUAUUAAGGACCACAAUGGCCGGAGCGGGUCAAACCCAAAUAUAAUUUAACUAUUUACUAAUCAUAAACCAGCCUGAAGACUGAAAGAAAA